UUCUCUUCUUCUCCAAAUUUCGGCCAUCUCCUUCCUGUUGACCCAAGUUUUCAUGGCUACACAAAGAGAGCACUCCCAUCCCGGGCCCAGAAAACGUUCUGUAUUGGUGAUGAGACCUGGAGAACAUCGUGCUGAUAAUGUGUGGAAAACUGAAGCGUUGAGAGACUUAAAACUGAGGUGCAUUACUUUCCCCAAAUCCGCCAAAGACGAUGGCGGACGUGAUCCUAGAGUCGUACAACUGUUGAGGGCAUCAGGCUUUCAAGGAGCUGAACGAGUAGUAAAAAUCAAAAUUGAUUGGGGUCUUAUCACCGCAUUGGUUGAGAGGUGGAGACCAGAAACACAUGCUUUCCAUUUACCUUUUGGCGAGGUAGGUAUUACCUUGCAAGAUGUACAGGUGCUGAUGGGGUUACCGAUUGAUGGUCUCCCACUUACUGGUCCGACGGCACAUAGUAAGACUGAAUGGGUCCAAAUGUGUGAUGAUUAUCUUGGUUUCAGG